UACAUAGGUGUUUGUGAGUCAGACCGGCAGAGAGACAGCGAGGUGGGACAGAGAAGGUUUAAGAGAUAGAAGGAAAUAGUAGUUCAAGAUGACGGCUGAUUCAGUACUCUCUAUCCAGGGUAAAAGAUCCUCUGGUACCUCUGUCAGGACUGAGAAUGUCAUUGCUGCCAGUUCAGUUGCUAACAUUGUCAAGAGCUCGUUGGGUCCAUUGGGACUUGAUAAAAUGAUUGUUGAUGAUGUUGGUGACGUGACUGUUACAAAUGAUGGGGCCACCAUCUUGAAGCUGCUGGAGGUGGAGCACCCAGCUGCACGUGUCCUGGUGGAGCUGGCGCAGCUACAGGAUGAGGAGGUUGGUGAUGGCACCACCAGUGUCGUAAUCAUUGCUGCAGAGCUGCUAAAGUCUGCUGAUGACCUGGUGAAGCAGAGAAUCCAUCCCACCUCUAUCAUUGCUGGCUACAAGCUGGCUUGCAAAGAAGCUUGUCGGUACAUCCAGAACAACCUCACAAUCAACACAGACGAACUGGGCAGAGAUUGUAUCGUCGCUGCUGCUAGAACUUCUAUGUCAUCUAAGGUUAUCUCCAUAGACAGUGAUUUCUUUGCAAACAUGGUGGUGGAUGCUGCCAUGGCUGUGCGCACCCCAGAUGGCAAGGGUGGCUACAGGUAUCCCAUCAAAGCUGUCAAUAUAUUGAAGGCCCAUGGUCGCUCAGCCACAGAGUCCAUUAUUGUCCCAGGUUAUGCACUGAACUGCACAGUGGCAUCAUAUGCCAUGAUUAAGAAAAUUACCAAUGCCAAGAUUGUCUGCCUUGACUUUUCUCUUAACAAGGAGAAGAUGAAGCUUGGUAUCCAGGUACUGGUGAAUGACCCUGUAAAGCUGGAGGCCAUCAGGCAGCGAGAAUCUGAUAUUACUAAGGAACGUAUUGAGAAAAUUUUGAAGACCGGAGCCAAUGUCAUCUUCACCACGGGAGGUAUAGAUGACCUCUGUCUGAAGUACUUUGUUGAGGCUGGUGCUAUGGCUGUCAGACGCUGCAAGAAGGCUGACCUUAAGAGAAUAGCCAAGGCCACGGGAGCAACUUUCAUGACCACUUUGUGUAAUAUGGAAGGAGAAGAAUCCUUCGAUGUCGGCAACCUCGGAGAGGCCGCAGAAGUAUCUCAGGAACGCAUCUGUGAUGAUGAACUCAUCCUAGUUAAAGGCCCAACUGCCCGGUCUGCCAGUUCAAUAAUAUUGCGGGGUCCUAACGACUUUUACUGUGACGAGAUGGAGAGGUCCAUUCAUGAUGCAUUGUGUGUAGUGAGGAGAGUGCUGGAGAGCAAUGCUAUUGUAUGUGGUGGUGGAGCUGUGGAGGCUGCACUUUCAGUAUAUCUGGAGAGCUUUGCUACCAGCCUGAGCUCACGGGAACAGCUGGCCAUUGGUGCAUUUGCACAGUCACUGUUGGUAAUCCCCAACACACUGGCUGUAAAUGCUGCCAAGGAUGCCACAGACUUGGUGCCCAAAUUACGUGCCUACCAUCACUCCUCACAGAUCAAAACAGAACAUUCACAGCUUAAAUAUUAUGGCUUGAAUCUCUUAGAAGGUCAGGUACGAGACAACAAGAAGGUUGGUGUGUUUGAACCAGCAAUGAGCAAGUUGAAGCAGCUAAAGUUUGCCACAGAAGCGGCAAUUACAAUUCUCCGCAUUGAUGACAUGAUCAAGCUGGAGCAGGAACAAACUAAAGAGAGUGGCUACCAGCAAGCUCUUCAAUCAGGCCAACUUGGUUAAAUAAAAAAAUAUAAAAUAAACUGACCAGGCUGGAUGUAUUGGGACACCUCUCAUCAGUCUGAAGAUCUCAAGAAAUAGAGGAAUUAUUGAAAGUUCUUUUUCCUGAUAAGGAAAUUUUUACAUAUUGCACACAGACACAAUGGAUGGAGCAGUUCCCUAAUAACUUGCAUAGUAACCAGUGAACAAAAUGUGAACGUGAAGCAUUAAUAUUUCUGGAACUCGGCAAGUGAAUUGGUGUCAUUAAAAAACAAUUUUUGCUUCUCGAUAACACAGCUUUAAUCUUUCAGUUGUUCUUUCACUUCAAUAGAUUCUGCCUUAAUCAAGGGCAAACUGCUUAUAAUACUAUUAACCUUUUUGUUUUUUGGUUGUCUCAAAAGUGGUUAUCCACAAGUGAUCCAUUUCUGGUCAUGCUAAAUUAAAGUACCUGUUCCGUUUCCUUUUUAAUGAAAUUAUGGCAAAGA